UUCCUAAAUAACAAUAUUGUUGUGUCUACUCGCCGCAGUGAAAUUCAUAUCUCUGUGUUGGCUGGCAGUAGGCACCAGCUUCAUUGAUAGUCAGUCAAAUGAUUUUACAGUGAGGUUACGAGCCUCAGUCUUGAACAGACAGUUUUAUGAUCCAAAAUGGAAUAUCUUCUCCAGGUUAAAAUAGGCGCUCUGGUGGGUUUAUUGCUCCUAACUCUUCUUUUUGGAUUCAUCCCUGCUCGGGUCAAAUGGUUCAGAAACACUAACGGCACAGAAACCCAUCGCACAGUUCUGAGUCUGAUCAGCUGUUUUGCUGGCGGAGUUUUUUUGGCAGCAUGUCUGCUCGACAUUAUUCCAGAUUAUCUGUCAGACAUCAAUGCAGAGCUGGCUGCUCAGCAGGUGGAGACCAACUUCCCCUUCCCAGAGUUCAUCAUGGCUGCCGGCUUCUUCACGGUCCUCAUACUGGAGAGGAUUGUUCUGAACUGUCGGGAGACGGGAGGGGCUCAGGAGGAGAGGGCGCCCCUCAUACAAGACAACAGAAAUGGGCACGGACACGGACAUGGAACAAGCCCUGAUCUGGAGAGCAGCGGCCACCACGUCCAUGUUGACUUUCAGGCUCACUCUCCCUUUCGUUCUUUCAUGCUCUUCCUCUCCCUCUCACUCCACUCAGUGUUCGAGGGUCUUGCUAUCGGUCUGCAGAGCACUGACUCAAAAGUAUUAGAGAUCUGCAUCGCUAUACUCGUCCACAAGAGCAUCAUAGUGUUCAGUCUGUCGGUGAAGCUGGUCCAGAGCGCCAUACGUCCACUGUGGGUGGCUGCUUACAUCGGCGUGUUCGCCAUGAUGUCACCCAUAGGCAUCGCCAUCGGCAUCAGUGUGAUGGAGGCUCAGCUGCAAUCUGGAGCCCUAAUCCAGGCGAUCCUGGAGGGGCUGGCCGCAGGCACGUUUAUUUACAUCACCUUUCUGGAGAUCCUCCCACACGAGCUCAACUCUCCGGGGAAGCAGCUUCUCAAGGUGCUCUUCAUCCUGCUGGGCUUCAGCAUCAUGGCAGCUCUGACGUUUUUGGGCUGAGACCGGUCGUCAUUGCAGCUAUCCAGAUGUGGACAGCUGGUCGCUUUGUGGAAACUACUGCAGCUCACAGGAACAUCACUGUCGUACGGAAAAACAAACUGUCGCUGUUACACCUAACUCUGCAGCUUUUAAUGUGAAAGGGAGCGUGACAGCAGAGGUUGGUGUACAUAUGCUUUCAAUAUGAUUUUAAAACAUUUUUGUAAAAGAAGAAUGAGGACAAUUUAUGUAUGUAUCAAUUAUUUUAAAGAUAAUUUUAUGAAUAGAGGGGCAACAAGCGUGUUAAGUGACCGGGGGGAUCACAGGGGAAAGAAAUGACAAAUCAGAGAGCCCGCUCACUUAUCACUGGCGUUGUUUUGAAACAUGCUCUGAAAUCUGCAAACUAAACCAGAGCCACUGACCUUUGACACUAUUGAGGAAACCACUGGAAACAAAGGGCCAUGCUGUAUAUAUACGUAUGUAAUCAUGCCAGUAUAUCAGCACCUCCAGAUAUUUGACGUUUACACCUCAUUUCAAUUCAAACAGGAAGCUUCCUUUUUCCAAAACGAAGUGUUUGUGCCUUUUGUUUAAGUAUUUCGUGUUGUGUGUUCUGUAUUUCAGGCUCAGCUGGAGGGUUGGCAUUUGAAACUUUUUAUUAGUGGUGUUUCCUCUGAUCCACGUUUAUUUACUGGCAUUUUAGUGCAAUCCUUUUAGAUGUCUAAAAUCAAGCUGCUUUUAUUUUUCAUUACAAAUUAGAAUCGUGAGCAAUAUUUCUAACAGUUGUGUAGUAAAAUAGUGUAAAUGUAAGCUGACUUCCUGAUGCCUUAAGAAGUUGCAUGCCAAAAAGAAAGAACGGCAGUAUGGUACGACGAUAUUUCUUUUUACUGUUUGCACUUUACCAAUCAAGAGUCAGUGACUAAGUUUACAUGCACACUAAUAUUCCACUAUUUAUACGAAAAUAUUCUGAAUUCGUUACAGGUCAUCUAAACAACAUUUUCUAUUUUGAUAUUCCAAAUUUGGCCUUUUCCUGUUACAACGUGUGGGAUCAGGGUCCCUGCGAAUCCUUAAAAAGUCUUAAAGAACUCUUGAAUUCAUUAAUCAAAAAAGAAAGCCAUAAAUGGCAUUAAAUUUACUUAAAUUAGUCUUUAAAAAGUUUUUAAAAAAUGCUCAGACAUGGAAAGUAAGAUUUUAUAAAUCGUUUUUAUUCUGACAUUGCAUUGUAAAGUCUCAAAAUAAUUGGUAACAUCAGUUAUUUUUUUUGUUAAAUAGUUUAUAAAUUCCUUUUCUUGAACUCGUCAUGAUGGGAAUCCAAGUAGUGAAAACACAUGCAGACUGAGAAACUCAAAAUCGUCCCAGAGAACCAGAAAAACCAGAUAUGCACAACUUGUAUCAGUAUGUCCUUUGUCUUCCAUGUGUUACACUCUAAAAAGGAUUGUUUUUCAACAUUUGAUGUAGAUAAUGUAACUGGCUUUUUCAGAAGUCAUGUUUUGUUUUAUGUCACAGUAAACAUUUAGGCAAAAUAAAAAUAUCCUUCUUCAACUUUGGUAAUUGGAAAAUUGGCCUUAAACACAAUUCUGAGUGGCAUUAAAAAAAUCUUAAAAAGUCUUAAAUCUACAUUGCCUUAAGCUGCAGGAGCCCUGGGGACAUUCAGGCAUUAUUCAGGUUCUAGGAGCAUUUUUUUGACUUUUGUACAGCCCAUUCAGAAUAUGCGUCUCAAUUGGGAUUUUUUUUGCAGUUUGCAACACUCUUGUCUGUAUCCGGCCAGCUCUGUGAGUUGUUAUGGAAACGUUGUACACAAACCAACUAGCAAAUAGUUUGCGACGCUGUGAGAUUGAGAUGCAUGCCCAAAAGAAAUUUAAAUAGGUAGCUGAAGGAAUGAAAGAUCAAGGCUGAUAAAUUGGUAAAAAUUUGCAAAAGUCUGCUUUUGGUGGAAAACUAAACCCUAUUUUAAUGCAAAGACAAAAAAUAGCACAAGCUGCCCCGGCCGUUCCACUUUUUCACAUUUUGUCGUGAUGAAUGUCAUGUUAGGGGACAUGAAGUGGAGUAUGCAUGGCUGCAUGUGAACAGGAAUAUUAGUGGAAUAUUCAUUUUCAUUAGCCAUGUCAACAGUUUAGUUAGAAGAACACCUUUUUCUAGGUAAAGGGCAAAAACCAGAAUACGAUGUGCAUGUAAGCAUAGUCAGUGAUUACCUCUACAAAUGGGAAAUGGCACUGGCUUUAAACAACCCACUGUUUCAAUAAGCUGACAACCAAUAUUUACAUUAUGUUGACCAUUGGCCUUCACAUUUUAGUUUGUUCUGUUUUGCCACUUUGUCCAUGCUGCUUCAUUGAAACAUUUUUUUCCAUGUACAGUGCUUUUAGUCAUCUCUGUUUGGAUUGUGGACAACUACAGAAGCUUUAAACAUCAGCACAAAGACAAGUACAAGAUACAUAGUUGUGUGGAGAAAUCAAACCAAGCACGAAACUACAGUACGGCAGAACAUUGGUUGCAUUAAUGCAGUCUUAAAAUACGGUAUAAGCCAAGAGCCAAAACCGUUUUUUUUCAUUGUCCACAUGUGUUAAAUGUGGAGUAAACAAAGAAAAGUGUGUAUUAAAGAAUAAGUGAAAAACAUCUAUUUUAAACAGCAUAGCACACGCUUGAAAAGGUCAUGUAUGCAUGUGCUUUCAGCCUGCAAACACUGAAAAAUGAACCUGUAUUUGCAUUCCAUGUUUGAAAUUAUGUAACACUGUCUCUUGUUGAGUCACAAUCAUGUGAUAAUCAGAUUGUUUCCUCAUCAGAACAAAUUGCAGGAAGUGGAAAGAUGUGGGGUGUCAAGAAAAACUUGUGCAUGUCAGCAAAAAACACUUUGUCAAUGCCAGUUUAAAAGUUGCAUGUUACAUGCAAGUUACAUGCAUGCAUAUUUUGUGCAGAUUUGCACAUUGUCAGCGUUUUUCAUCAAAAGCUAUCUGAUCAAGACUGAUGACAUGUUAUAUGUUGAAACAGUGUUGUUAAUGUGCUUUUUGUCAGAAUACCAACCGGUGCAUUAUAAUGUAUAAAAACUGUGUGUUUGUACGCUACAAAAACAUCCACUGUCUUUUUGUAUGUAGACCUACAUAUAUUAUUUCGUGCCUUAUAACCGUUAAUUCCAGAAGAGACAAGACUUAGUUAUCUGUUGUGUAAACUUGAUUAAAGUAAAGAUGAAAGGAA